AUGCCACGCUUAUCAAAUCAAAGUGCAAGCCAUGCAAAGAAAACAGGGGCCGCUAAGAGGAAAUCUAAAUACGAAUCACCUUCCAAACAUAAAUCGGCAUCCUCAAGGACACGAACCUAUCGAUAUCGACCAGGAACAAAAGCCUUGAUGGAAAUUCGCCAGUACCAAAAGUCAAGUGAUUUAUUGCUCCGCAAACUUCCAUUUUCUCGAGUGGUGCGUGAGAUAGUUCAAAACAAACAUCCUGGUGUACAACUGAGAUGGGAGGCCACUGCCAUCAUGGCUCUUCAGGAGGCUGCUGAGGCCUACCUGGUACAUCUGUUUGAGGAUGCCAACUUGUGUGCUAUACAUGCCAAACGGGUCACAUUGAUGCCUAAAGAUAUCUGGUUGGCAAGGAAGAUUCGGGGUGCACAUGAUUAAAACAUCUAUGUAGGAUUUUGUAAAGAUAUUUCAGUUGUGACUUGUAUAACAACAAAAUACAUGGUUAUAGAUGUACAAAGCCAGUGGUGAGGAUACAUGUUAAGUAACAUUUGAUAUGAAACUUCAGAUCCUGGGGCAACCAUU